AUCCCCCGGACCCCAGAGGCCGAGAACCCCAGGCCGAACCCCAAACAGAAUCGGGGCAAUGGAAUGAGGGGAGGGGAGGGCCGGCUGCAACCAGAAGAAGCCGAGGAUUCCGCUUCCCACGCGGGUGAUGGGUGGCUGGUUCACUGGCGACUGAGAGCAGCCACAACGCUUUAUAGAUACCUUGAAUAUGAUCACUGUCAAUUCGUGUCUCGGACCAUUCUUUCCCACCUCCCUCCCUUCUACUGACGAGAUCAAGCUCCCCCUUGACCGCCUAACCCUUACCAUCGCGGUACCUAGCUAGACGGGCGCAAGCAUGGAUCACCCGCAAGACCAGGUCCAGCGCCAUUCCCUCACUGAUCCCGAGGGCUUCUGGGCACACCAGGCCGAGCAGCUGCACUGGCACAAGAAACCCUCGGCCGUCCUCGCCCGCACCACCAAGACCCUUAAGUCGGGCAACAAGCACGCCCACUGGGAGUGGUUUCCAGAUGGAGAGAUAUCGACAUGCUACAAUUGCCUUGACCGCCACGUGCUGGCCGGUCACGGCGACGCCCCGGCCAUUCUCUACGACAGCCCCGUCACAAACACCAAGCAGCGCAUCACGUACGCGCAGCUCCUUGACGAGGUUGAGGUUUUCGCUGGCGUGCUGAGGGAGGAAGGCGUAAAGAAGGGGGACGUCGUGCUUGUCUACAUGCCCAUGAUUCCCGCCGCUCUGAUCGGCAUCCUCGCAAUCAACCGCCUGGGUGCUGUGCAUGCAGUCGUCUUCGGCGGGUUUGCCGCGAACGCACUAGCCCAGCGCAUCGAGGCCUCGCGGCCCGUCGCCAUCCUCACGGCCUCGUGUGGCAUCAAUGGUAACAAGCCGCCUAUCCCCUACCGCGACUUCAUCGACGAGGCCGUCCGCAUCUCUUCGUGGAAACCGCCAAAAACCAUUAUCUGGCAACGUGAACAACUCCUCUGGCGCCCUACCCGCAAGUUGCAAGGCGAGAGGAAGUGGCAGCACCUGGUCAAGAGCGCCCGUGCCCGUAACCAGAGGGCCGAGUGUGUGCCCGUCAGGUCCUCGGACCCCAUCUACAUCAUUUACACCAGCGGCACAACCGGCCUGCCAAAAGGUGUGGUAAGGGAGACUGGCGGCCACGCUGUCGGCCUCCACCUGACCAUCUCUUAUGUUUUUGGCAUCCAUGGCCCGGGCGAUGUGAUGGGUUGCUUCAGCGAUAUUGGUUGGGUUGUCUCCCACAGCUACACCCUCUAUGGCCCCCUUCUUACCGGCGCUGCCAGCGUCAUCUACGAAGGCAAGCCCGUCGGCACUCCUGACGCAUCCGCCUUUUGGCGUCUGGUCGACGAGUACAAAAUCAACACCAUGUUCACGGCGCCAACCGCCCUCCGCGCAAUCCGCAAAGACGACCCGGACAACGCCCACUUCACCCGAGUCGGCGAACGUGGCGGACUCAGGAGCCUCAAGGCCCUGUUCGUCGCCGGUGAGCGAUCCGAGCCGGCCAUCAUCACCAUGUACCAGUCCCUCCUCAACAAAUACGCGGCUGAGGGCGCCCAGGUGAUAGAUAACUGGUGGUCAUCCGAGUCAGGUUCGCCAAUCUCCGGCAUUGCCCUCGCGCCUCAUGCGGGCAGGAAUAGGAAGACUGGGAUGAAGGAGAAGCAGAGGCCUUUGGAAAUCAAGCCGGGGAGUGCAGGCAAGGCGAUGCCGGGAUUCGAUGUGAGGGUUGUCGACGACCAAGGCGUCGAAGUCGAACGCGGCAAGAUGGGCAACAUUGUUCUCGCCCUCCCGCUCGCCCCCACUGCCUUUCGCACGCUCUGGAAAGACGAGGAGCGGUUCUACAAGGGCUACUUGAAGCGGUUUGACGGGAAAUGGCUCGACACGGGCGACGCAGGGUUGGUCGACGAGAAUGGCUAUAUCCACAUCAUGGGGCGGUCAGACGACAUAAUCAACGUAGCCGCCCAUCGCCUCAGCUCAGGCGCCCUCGAGCAAGCAAUCAGCUCCCACCCGCUCGUGACCGAAGCCUGCGUGGUCGGCAUCCCAGACGCCCUCAAAGGCCAUCUACCGUUCGCCUUCGUCACCACCUCCGCCACCUCCCCCUUGCGCCCAGAGGAGGAGGAGAAGCUGUACGGCGAGAUUCAGAGCCUCGUCCGCUCCCAAGUCGGCGCCAUCGCCACGCUCGGCGGCAUGGUGGUCGGGCGCGGCAUGAUCCCCAAGACGCGCUCGGGCAAAACCCUGCGGAGGGUGCUCCGGGAGCUGAUCGAGAAUGCCGUCCUUCACGGGGACGUGGACAGGCCGGUGAACGUGCCGUCAACCGUCGAGGAUGCGGGUGUGGUGGGCGUCGCGAGGGAGGGGAUCAGGGAGUACUUUAAGCGUAGGGGCGGUCUAAAGGCGAAGCUCUGAUGGCCGGGGCCCCCUCAGUGCAGUUGAUGGGAGGGAGGGUUUCUCGGGGACCUAUCUGCUUGGGAUUAUGAUAUGGGAGCUUGUUGCAAGUUAAUAGAGUGGUCACUCCUUGCUGAUUCUGCGCUUUGCUCUUCU